ACGUCAGCAGGCAGUGCACAUUGUUACCAUCUACAAUACCGCCAUCUUCUGGUAGACGUCCGGUAUUACACCUAACUGUGACAUCACGGCUGUCGUUGUGCAGAGUGGAGGUUUUUUUUUUUUAGUGUGCAGCCAACCGCAAGAAAUGGAUGUGUUUUUAAUGAUCCGACGCAACAAGACAACCAUCUUCACAGAUGCCAAAGAGUCGACCACAGUUUAUGAACUGAAGCGCAUUGUUGAAGGCAUUUUAAAGAGGCCACCUGAAGAUCAAAUACUUUUCAAGGAUGAUGUUGUGCUUGGUGACAGUCAGACUCUUGGAAAUUGUGGCUUCACAAAUCAAACGGCCCGACCUCAGGCUCCCGCCACAGUGGGGUUAGCACUUCGUCUCAGCGAUGAUUCAUUUGAGCCGCUGAGCAUCGAGUCGUUCUCCACUCCGCCGGAGCUUCCUGACGUCAUGAAGCCUCAGGACUCUGGAAGCACAGCCAACGAGCAGGCGGUGCAGUGAAGAACGGAGCCAUAAAACAACAACCGGUCCACAGAUCGGGGCGGAGGGAGGGCAUCGGGUGGGGUCCAAUUCUGGGAUGCGAAGCCUCGCCGAAUGACAUUUUCCUGACAACAAUUCUCAAACGAGGCAUAAAUAAUUAGAGAUUCCCCUUAAAUUUAAGGGGAGAUUAAAGUGGUUUAUUUGUGUUGAAAUUAACGAGGGCAUGUUAGAAAAAGUUUCACAAGAUACCCUGCAGAGAAACCUGACGGACCUGUCACAACACUGUCGGCCAUCUUGGGAUUAGUGACGGCUGAAGCCAAGAAUCGUACCUCUUAUUUAAUGAAUUCUAGACUAUUUAGAGGAAGGUGAAAGCUGCCUUGCUCACAAUCUUUGUUUUGCUGGCUAAAGAGUUUUAAUUGAUUAAGUGUGGCUUUUUUUUUUAGUGUUUUGUGUUUGCGUGUUUCUUUAUUAAACUGAAAGUAGUUUUUUGUUUUGUUGGGGGGUUUUUUGUCUUUUGCCUGGAUGUUUUGCAACCAUAAAAAGAGAGUGUAUGAAUUUCUAAGUUACCGUUUGUAUUUCAAAACUUCUGAACAACACUCAAAUAAAAAGAGAUCCACUGGUUUUUAUUACUCUUUACCAAUCAGUAGUUAAUGUUUUCAUCAGAAACUACUGAAACUGAACUCAUUUAUUGAUGAACUGUUGUUUUACUGUCAAACCUUUGGAGAUUUUAAACAUUUUAGAUACAUAAAACAUCUUGAAUGGCCAUCAUAUCACUCCACUGUAGUUUACUAAUAGCUGCAGUUUCCCCUAAAUUUAGCUAAUAUAUUUGCAGAGCCAAACCUCAGAUUAAAUCGAUGGUCCUUUUUUUAUCUCAAAGAAAGGAAAUCUGACCCUUGAGGAGCGGAAUGAAACCGUUUUAGCACAUUUUGUUAGCAUGUUUGCAAAUUCAGGCUGUUAAAACAGGUGGACAUUACCAGAGUUGCACUUGUAACUGAUUUAACAUUAAAACAAUUGUUUUUCA